AACGAGUAACGUCCACUCGUGUCUAACAACUUACUUGGUGUCCAUCUUUCAUUCAAGUCACCAUGUCGGCGUCGUACGAAGGUUUGAGGGUCAAUGAAGUGGAAAAGAUGAAAUUCGCCUUUCAAAUCUACGAGACGAGUCCGGAUAAGAUGGACUCGCUGAUGCUGGGCGACUUGCUGCGAGCGGUCAACAUCAAUCCGAGUCUCGAGAGGAUGAAGGCCUUCGGCAUCGGCAAGAAAGCCGGAGAGAAGACCUUCAACACGGACGAAUGCCUCAAGAUCUACUCCGAGUUGAAGAAGGAGGUCAAAGAUAUGGGAUGCUACGAGGACUUCAUCGAAUGUCUGAAGCUCUACGAUAAAGCGGAAAACGGAAAGAUGCUGCUCGGCGAAUUGCAGCAUUCGCUUCUCUCACUUGGCGAGAAACUGUCCGACGAUCAAGUCGAAAAACUUUUCGACGACUGCAUGGGCGAGGAGAACGACGAGGGCGAAAUCGAUUACGUCCUUUCAUUUUCAGCGCAAAUUACGUGACCCGCCAUCUAUACGUACAUUCUCGUACAACUUCAAGCAUAAACGAAAUCUCAAUGUUCCAAUACAUUUAGAUUCCCAAUUAAUGAUCUAAUUACGAACUGAGAUGAUAUAAACGGCUGAACUAUAACCUUCACACAAAUUCCGAUAGAUGGCCGCAACCAACAACCAUUGUAUUACGCAAUUGGGUCAUGUUUUGGUACUGAAUCGAAGCUUAUAGUUCAGACAUUUUGGCGCUGCUCCAACUUCGAGUUCGUUAUUAAGGCCUUAAAUGCGUAAAUCUUAUUACCAAAUUUAUUAAGUUGCAAAUACUAUUAAUGUAUGUUCAGAUACUUAAUGGAAAUAGUGUAAGACAAUUCGGUAAUUUGCUUUAAACUAAACGCGAUCAGCGCCAUCGCACGGCCGAUUUUAAAACAUGAGAUUUAAAUUUGAAUUUUAUGUUUUGAUUAAUUUGAUAAUUAAUGAAUACCUUAACGCAGAUUAUUAUAAUGAGAUUUGUGUUUGCUGGUUGUUAUUGAAU